AUGAGUAAAGGCUUUGGAAAAGAAUUAAAAGAAGAUUUUGUAAUUGAAUCUGGAUACACUUGUGUUAAUCAUAGUAGCUUUGGGUACAUUCCAAAAUCUGUCUUAAAACAAAGAAUUGAGAAUUAGAAGAGAUUUCUAGAAAAUCCGGAUAGCUUUAUUCGAUUUUUAGUUCCAAAGGAGUCCCCAAUAGCAAGAAGAACUGCAGCAGACUUUUUGAAUGCAAACUUUAAUUAAUGUUUUUUCACUAGUAAUUCAGCUGAGUCCAUGAACAGCAUAAUGAAAGGUAAUUCAUCUUGAAUAGUAUUGAGGUCUGGGGUUUUCUGAUAAGGAUACAAUAUUGUAUUUGAAUAUUGCCUACCCAAUGGUGUAGAAUGUGAUAAAAUACAUGAAUACUCAUGACAAAGUGAAUACGUGUAGGAUAGAACUUAAAGUGGAGGAUUUGGAUAAGGAAAUAAUCCUAUCGUUGAUAGAGGGUAAGAAUACGUAUAUUUGAAUAGAAAAUAUGAAGACAAAGAAGAUAACGGUAGCCAUUUUGGAUAAUAUUUCGUCGCUGCCCUCAAUAAAAUUGCCAACUAAGGAGUUUGUAGAAUUAUGCAAGAAAUAUGACGUAAUAAGCAUAAUAGAUGGGGCUCAUGGUGCAGGAAUCAGUGAAAUCAACCUCAAGGACUUAGACCCUGAUUUUUUUUUUACGAAUUUAAACAAAUGGGCAUUCUGUCCAUGCAGUGUUAAUUUAUUAUAUAUGAAGGAGAAAUAUUUGAAUUAAAUACAUAACAAUACGAUUUCAGUAUUUUACGGAGCUGGAAUUGAGAAGGAAUUUGAAUAUUACGGAACUAGGGAUGCAAGUGUAAUACUAUCAGUGGUGGACGGAAUAAAUUAUAUUAACUAAUUUGGUCUUCAAAACAUUAUUUAAUAUUGUGAAAAUUUAGCUUGGGAAGGCAGUGAAUUGGUUGCAAAGAUUUGGGAAACUGAAUUGAUGGUUAAAGACAAAACCAUGCAUUCUGCUAUGGUAAAUGUAUUGGUGCCACACAAGGAUCACUCUUACGUAUUGGAAUGCUAGAGAACAGUUAGAAUAUCUUUAUUAUUUUGAUAGUGCUUUGAAAUACACAAUGUAUUAGUAGUUGUCUUUGAGUUCGAUGGAAGAUCUUGGGCUAGAUUUAGUGCAAGCAUUUAUAAUGGUUUGGAGGACUACGAGUAUGCUGCACAGUAAUUCUUAAAUGUGUUAAGGAAAGAGAGAUGA